AUGGAGGUCUUCACUUUCUGGCUGCGGGCGGACCUGGUCGCAAUUUGCCUGGCAGUGUGGGCACCAACUUCGGUGUUCUUGGAGGAUGUGCGGCUGUGGCUGCUGCAGCUGGGCCUGGCGCUCGCAGUCUGCGGCUCCACCUACGGCCUUUGCGAUGGACUGGCGGGCUCCAAGGAGUCGGAGCUGAAGACCUUAGACAGGAAUCGCAUGCUCCGCACGAUCGUCAACUCCGCGUUUUUUGUGUGGUGCCUCAGCCUGACCGGCAUCGGUGCUGGUUUUCAGCACCUCUGGGUGAUCGGCGCCCUGCUUUACGGCAUCAGCUUCUUUCUCGCGCCUCCAUUCGCAAGAAAGUACCCGGACAUGCCAUGGCACUUUCAGAGUCUGAAUGGCUGGCAAGAAGACUUCCAUGUCACAGUGGCCUUGGCCGACCUGGCCUUCAUCAUCAUGGCCUAUCAGGUGGUCUUGGCAGCAGAAUAG